AUGAAUUACAAGAAAACAUAUAGAUCAAGAGAAAAGGCGCUUGAAAUGUUAAGGGGUUCGCCACCUGAAUCUUAUCGUAAACUUCAAGCUUUUCCGUAUAUGGUAAAUAAGACAAAUCUAGGGUCUUUCACAACGUUAAACAAAACAGUAGACGGGCACUUCUUGUAUGCUUUUGUCGCACUCAGUGCAUCAAUCAGAGGAUGGAAAUAUUGUAUACCGGCUGUCGUGGUUGAUGGGACUUUCCUUAAAUCAUCAUACGCGGGGACCAUGCUGUGUGCUACUGUACUCCAUGCAGCAGGUAAAAUCCUGCCACUAGCAUAUGCUAUUGUUGAUUCUGAAAACAAUGCGUCAUGGGAUUGGUUUUUUCGAAAGUUGAAACAGGCUUACGGUGAAAAGGACAACAUGUGCAUAGUCUCUGAUCGGCAUGAUAGCAUUUUGAAGGCGGCUUCGAAUGUAUAUCCAGAUGUGCCUCACUAUAAUUGCAUCUACCACCUAUGGAACAACGUCAAAGGUAGAUUCAAAAUGGAGCAUGAGCGAUUAAAGCCCAUAUUCUUUGCAAUGGACAAUGCAUACACGAGGGCAGAUUUUGAUCGCCUCAUGGAAGAUAUGGACAAUAUCGAUGAUAGGGUGAGGGUUACCUGUUCGAUGUUGGCUAUGAAAAAUGGUCCAUAG